GUGGUGACGUCAAAAUGACGGUUGUUGUAUAAAAGUCAUCAGCGAUUUGGAUCAUCUCUAACCAAUCAAGAGUAUCAAAGCCAACGACACAUUUUCAAAAUGCCACUUUACCCACCAUGUGUUGUGGCUCUGGCACAACCCAUCAGUUUCUGGGACCAAUCAGAACAGUUCCUAUGAGUUUGCGUUCUAGAAAUCGUUGGGGUUGGUACUCAGAUCCAGGAUCACUGCGGAGAAGAAUCUUACAUCCGUGGCGUAGCGAAUGGCCAGAGCAAGGAGUUUGGGUAGCCAGGCAAUGUAAAGGCUUGGCCACACUGUCAACUAAAACUGAGCUCUCAAGGGGGCUUGAUCCCAAUUCGUCAUGCUGUCUUGGACUUUGACUGAAUGCAGGCCAGGGAAGGUGUGUUAGUGGUAAUGGGUGCAGGCUAGCACCAUGCAUGUCAAUGAAUAAGGGCACUAAGACUGAUGGCAGUGUCCAAUGCUGUUAAGGGCUGCUCUAUCAUGGACUAAAGGAGGGAAGUACACGACAUGGUUGACUUGUGCACUAGAUGCGUAUCAUUGACGUAGAACUCUCGGGUCUGGUCUACCCUCCCUAGGACCGUAAGAUGCUGUCCACAGCCCAGCAGAUGCUUCAGGACAGCCGCACCAAGACUGAGCUGCUCCACAUGCAGAUUGUCAGUCACCCGGGCUAAAGAGGGGGAGAGGGGAGCCACUGAGUGUGUGUGUGUCCUUUGUGUGUGACUGUGUUUUUCCCAGUGCCAUUUCUGUGUUUGUUCAUUGGUCCCUGCAGGCUGACCCUUUGAGACGAUCAGUCCUCUGGAUCUACGUGUGGUUGAGCUCCGGCACCACCUGUAGAUCGAGGCUGUCGUGUCAGGGGUGGCCAGGAAAGUGGGCAAGCAGCUGGGGAGGCACAAGGUGCAGGACCGCCGGGCACUGGCAGAGCGGACAUCAGUGCAGUGCUGACAACAGGAUGGUGGGCCGGACACACUGGAGAGUUCUGGGACCAGAGCUUCAGUAUCGAGCUGGAACGGGACGAAAGCGAAUGGUGGGAUGUUGAUGGAAGAUUUCAACUACAUCUCUGUUCUGGGACGAGAGCAAUUUGGAAAGGCCUUGAAGAAAGGAGACGUGACACACGAUGAAAUGGACAGUUUGAGACGAUCAACUCCUCCCACCAUCCCUUCCUGGUGAAUACGCAUGGCUGCUUCCAGACGGCGGACCAUGUGUCCUUUGUGAUGGAGAAUUCCCCCGGGGGAGACCUCAUGCCCUACAUACACAUCAACAUCUUCACUGAGAGACAGAGCUCAGUUCUAUGCCUCGUGCGUGCUGCUGGGACUAGAGUUUCUGCACCAAAACAAGAUAGUUUACCGGGAUCUGAAGCUAGACAGCCUGUUGAUGGAAGCAGAUGGCUAUGUGAGGAUAGCAGACUUUGGAUUGUGCAAGAAAGGUAUGGGUUACGGAGAUCGCACCGCCACAUUCUGUGGCACACCAGAGUUCCUGGCCCCGGAGGUGCUGACGGACAACAACUACACCCGCUGUGUGGACUGGUGGGGCCUGGGUGUCCUCAUCUACGAGAUGCUGGUGGGAGAGUCUCCCUUCCCUGGUGACGAUGAGGAGGUGGUGUUUGACAGCAUAGUAAAUGAUGAAGUGCGCUACCCGAGGUUCCUCUCCCCAGAGUCUCCAUCAUCCAAAAGCUACUACAGAAAAACCCUGAAAGGAGGCUGGGAUCAGGAGAGCCGGGCCCAACGAGGUCAAGAAACACAGGUACUUCCAGAGACUGGAAGGCUGUGCUUCACAAAAAAAGUGGUUCCCCCGUUCUUCCCACAGAUCAGUAACUUUGACGAGGAGUUCACAAAGCUCAAGCCAGUUCUCACCCCCCUCACACAGACACCCUCCUUCCUCACUGCCGACCAACAGGAGAUCUCUGUCGACUGACUUCUCCUCGCUGCCCUGACCUUAAACAUACACAUGUAUACAAUGACGGCCAGAUAGAGGAACGGACGGACAGGACUAAAAUCCAAAAUGGUUGCUGCUCCACUGAAGCUGGUUCCUUUACUUCACUGUGGCAAACAGCUACCUGUGGCUGAAUAAGUACUGACCAGAUAGGCCACUGUGAUGUCCUCAUGGGCUUGUCAUCUCUCCUCAGGGCCAUUAAUGUUCUGUGGGUGAUGAUGAGCACUCCACCUGAAUCUCUACAGCCUAUCAGAACUCGGCCUGCCGAUGAGACCCCAGUCAGUUACACUGAGCUGUAGAGGGGACUCCUCAUCCAUGGGAGUGUCAGCCAUUCUGAAAACAGUCUUCUGUUUCUCUCUGCCUUGUUCAAAUCUGUAUUUGUAUGUCAGUGUCUAUAUUUGUAUGUUGGUGGUCAAUAUUGACCGAUCUAGUUUUGCCUUGUUUUUGUUUAUUUGUCAACUCCAUAUUGAUUUUGCCAAAUGAAUACUUGACAUGCCACUGUUUUGUUACUGUGACAACACGAAUUAGGUCAUUUGCUGCACUUUCUUAUUCAUUUGUGAAACUAAGAGUGCUUUGUUUCAAACAUUGGCACCAGUGCAAUGAGCUUUUAAAUGAGUUCUAAUCCAAAGGAUAUUGGACAGACCAGCGCUUCAUAACACUACACUUCCAAUAAGAACCUUUACUGUAAAUGAUGUUUUUACAUGUAUUGUAACCCUAUUACUGUCUUGGCUCGAUCCAAUUACUAACACUGAUUAUAGCUACUGAUGUUUGUAUAUUUAGCCUGGGAAUCCAAAUUGAAUCGCCAUUUACUAGCCUAGGAAUGCAGGAAUGUCAUCUUCAUGGAGGAAACAGUCCCUGAAGAUUUUUUAAAACCCUUUGAUGUGCAUUGUGCUGCUGUGUAAUCAACGUAUUCCAUGGGUCCAUCUUGGGCUGCUUUGGGCCACUUAAACAUUCCAUGGGUCCAUCUUGGGCUGCUUAAACAUUCCAUGGGUCCAUCUUGGGCUGCUUUGGGUCACUUAAACAUUCCAUGGGUCCAUCUUGGGCUACUUUGGGUCACAAACAUUUGAAUGUCAAGUUGAAACUGACAUGUUCCUGAAAUACCUUUUCUAAAAGACUAAAAAUUGUAAGUUAUGAAUUAUACAGUUUGUAAGUAUUUCUAGGGAGUCAUUUUCAUUCCAUUCCAGUCAUGAAUAUGAAUGUACAUGCUUUGCUACUAAAAUAAAUAUGCUGUGCAAUACAAUGGGGAAAAAAAUACUAGUGUCUAGAGAUGAGACAUGCAUGUUUUUCUUGACACAACAUGAAGGAAAUGUAAAUUAAUAAAUAUAUCUACUGGACUCAUGAAGCAUUUUUCU